AUGUCAUUGGUACAUUUAUCGAAUUUCUCAGCACAUUUGAAGAACUGUUUGAGGAUAAAUCAAACUAUUACAUCAGUUCCAUAUUCAAGAUUACACCUUCAAAUAGCACUUGGUUUAUAUAAGGAAGGAUUCAUUUCACUGUUACAAAGAGGUAGUUUAACAGGUCCAGAUGAAAGUCCCGUGGAUGUAACUCCAGAUAAUAUUGCUACCAGAAGAUUAUGGUUGGGGUUGAAAUAUAGAAACAAUCAACCAGUGAUUAGACAAUUUCUGAUGAUCAGUAAACCAAGCAGAAAAGUUAACUUAACCACCAAAGAAAUCAAAGCUCUUGCAAGUGGAUUGCCUGUAAGAUUUAUUCUGCCAUUGCAACCGGCUGAAUGUAUUUUCAUGAAGACAAAAGGUGAUAAGAUUUACGAAAUUCAAGAAGCUGCAAAGAAGGAACUUGAAGGUAUGGUGUUGUGUAGAAUUAGAUAG